GUGCAGGUCGCCGGCGAGCCGCGUCCGGAGCCCGGCGCCGAGCAGGCCUGGAGAGGCGGAGGCCACACCCCGCGCGCGGCCCAGGCGCUUCCCGCCGGUGAAUCAUCCCCGCAGCAGCGGCUCCCGCAGUCCGCUGCAGCGCCCCGGGCCCGGCCGCGCCCCAGCCGAGUGCCGUGCCCCGCCUCUCCGCGACCCCUCUCUCCGUGCAGUGCGCCAACCGGAUCGCUACCAUGGCGGGCAUCGCGAUGAAGCUGGCCAAGGACCGCGAAGCGGCCGAGGGGCUGGGGUCGCACGAGAGAGCCAUCAAGUACCUCAACCAGGACUACGAGACGCUGCGGAACGAGUGCCUGGAGGCCGGGGCGCUCUUCCAGGAUCCUUCCUUCCCCGCCCUGCCGUCAUCCUUGGGCUAUAAGGAGUUGGGGCCCUACUCCAGCAAAACUCGAGGCAUCGAAUGGAAGCGGCCCACGGAGAUCUGCGCUGACCCCCAGUUCAUUAUUGGAGGAGCCACCCGCACAGACAUCUGCCAAGGAGCCCUGGGGGACUGCUGGCUGCUGGCUGCCAUCGCCUCCCUCACCUUGAAUGAGGAAAUCCUGGCUCGGGUUGUGCCUCCGGAUCAGAGCUUCCAGGAAAACUACGCAGGCAUCUUCCACUUCCAGUUCUGGCAGUAUGGCGAGUGGGUGGAGGUGGUGGUGGACGACAGGCUGCCCACAAAGGACGGGGAGCUGCUCUUUGUGCAUUCAGCUGAAGGGAGUGAGUUCUGGAGUGCCCUUCUGGAGAAAGCCUAUGCCAAGAUCAAUGGGUGCUAUGAAGCACUCUCAGGGGGUGCCACCACGGAAGGCUUUGAAGACUUCACGGGAGGCAUUGCUGAGUGGUAUGAGCUGAGGAAGCCUCCUCCCAACUUGUUCAAGAUCAUCCAGAAGGCUUUGGAGAAAGGUUCCCUGCUUGGCUGCUCUAUCGAUAUCACCAGCGCUGCAGAUUCUGAGGCCGUUACGUACCAGAAGUUGGUGAAAGGACAUGCGUACUCCGUCACCGGAGCCGAGGAGGUUGAAAGUUCAGGAAGCCUGCAGAAAUUGAUCCGCAUCAGGAAUCCCUGGGGACAAGUCGAGUGGACCGGGAAGUGGAAUGACAAUUGCCCCAGCUGGAACACGGUUGACCCAGAAGUAAGGGCAAAUCUAACAGAACGGCAGGAGGAUGGAGAAUUCUGUUCCACAGAUACCUUCUGGAUGAACCCUCAGUACCUAAUUAAGCUGGAGGAAGAAGAUGAAGAUGAUGAGGAUGGGGAGAGAGGCUGUACCUUCCUGGUGGGUCUCAUCCAGAAGCACCGACGGCGGCAGAGGAAGAUGGGCGAGGACAUGCACACCAUUGGCUUUGGCAUCUAUGAGGUCCCAGAGGAGCUAACAGGGCAGACCAACAUCCACCUCGGCAAAAACUUUUUCCUCACGACCCGAGCCAGGGAGCGGUCAGAUACCUUCAUUAACCUCCGAGAGGUCCUCAACCGCUUCAAGCUGCCCCCGGGAGAGUAUGUCCUCGUUCCCUCCACCUUCGAACCCCACAAGGAUGGCGAUUUCUGCAUCCGAGUCUUCUCGGAGAAGAAGGCUGACUACCAAGCUGUUGAUGACGAAAUCGAGGCCAACAUUGAAGAGAUUGACGCCAAUGAGGAGGACAUUGACGAUGGAUUCCGAAGGCUCUUUGUUCAGCUGGCUGGAGAGGAUGCAGAGAUCUCUGCCUUUGAGCUGCAGACCAUCUUAAGAAGAGUUCUAGCCAAACGCCAAGACAUCAAGUCAGACGGCUUCAGCAUCGAGACCUGUAAGAUCAUGGUGGACAUGUUGGAUGAAGACGGGAGUGGCAAGCUCGGCCUGAAGGAGUUCUACAUCCUCUGGACGAAGAUUCAGAAAUACCAAAAAAUUUACCGGGAAAUCGACGUGGACAGGUCUGGAACCAUGAAUUCCUAUGAGAUGCGGAAAGCACUGGAAGAAGCAGGUUUCAAGCUGCCCUGUCAACUCCACCAAGUCAUCGUUGCCCGGUUUGCAGACGACGAGCUAAUCAUCGACUUUGACAAUUUUGUGCGAUGUUUGGUCCGUCUGGAAACGCUAUUCAAGAUAUUCAAGCAGCUGGACCCUGAGAACACUGGAACGAUACAGCUCAACCUUGCCUCGUGGCUGAGUUUUUCCGUACUCUAAAGUUACAUGCCUGGAGAAGUCUCGUGGAAGAAAACAGUCAAUGCCUACACUUAAACACUUUGUAUCUGGACCUUGAACUUACGGGAACAUUGACUUCAUUGGAUGAUUAUAACUGAAGAAUAUAACCGUCUGGGAUAGAUGAACUUUCCACAUAUCAGAGUAACAGAUUUGCAUAUUAUUAAGCCAAAUGCAAAUGAAUUGCAUAACCCCUGGUAAGGUCAGAGGAAGCUUUACGCCUGUAAAUAGUAUAUCCUUUUUACUUCUACACAUUGUCCUGGCCAUAGCAAUAUUAAAUCAGGAAGGAAUGCAGAGAACUUUAAAUAACUGGGCAAAUAGUAAGCCAAUCUCAGAGGCCACAAGGCCUUGAUGGGACUAUAUGAAGAAAUUUUAACUUUUAAAUGCAGUGGUGGCACCUGCCACAGCAGCCCAGAGACUGCCGCUUGCCCUGAGCGAACUGAGAAAUACAAUGACGAAGUAGUCUGAUGGAGGCAUCUAAAGAAACCAGUCUGAUGGAGGCAUCUAAAGAUGGAGCCAGGAGUGUCUGACACAAGGCCAACCUGGGCUGCCUAGCAAGACCCGAUCUCAGAAAAUAAAUGCCAAUUUUAAAAAAAGGGCAUGCUUGCUUCCAUCAUUUGGUUCUAACAGAAGAUGGUUUUUAUACACCUUUAGCAUUCUUAAACUCAAGUCCUUGACCAUAUUUGGCCUUAGACGCUUAGGUCUGACAAGUAGUAAGUAAUGAGAUCAUUCUGACCAACUGAGCCAGGUGUGCCAUCUGCAAGAAGAUCGUGAUAAACGCCAGGGACUGUGCCUACGGCUGGGGAGGACAGGGCUCAGAAGAUCUUCUGAAAACAACCAAGCUGGCUUCUUCAUCCUGGGAAAAUGCUAGCAACCAUACAGACAUAUUGCCUUAUCUACUUCCAAACGUACUGUUAAUAAAGAGUUACAACGCAGUCGCA